GACGUCGCCGCUUAUAUAAAAACCUAGGUCGAGGGUGUUUUUCUCUGUCUUAUAAAGUUCUCGCAAUUGUAUUCUCCGAACGAUGAUGUGGAAGAUUGUUGUCACAUUACUGGCGGCCGUUUUCGCCGUUGGGCUGAGUUUCAUGACAGGGGGCCUUAGAGAUGCUGACAUCAACGACGAGGGUGUCCAAAAUGCCGUGAAUUUCGCCGCUGCCCAACACAACAGAGGAACUAACGACAUGUUCCUCCACCAGGUGGUAGAGGUAGUCAGGGCUCAGACUCAGGUGGUUGCUGGUAUGAAGUACGUCAUAACAGUAAAAAUGGCAAAGACCAACUGCAGAAAGGAUCGUGACAAUGAAAAUUGUGGCGUGCUUAGUACUCAGCCUUACGAAUGCACAUUCACCGUGUGGAGCCGCCCGUGGAUCAACGAUAUCAGGCUUACAAAGAAUACUUGCUAAAUGGAGGACUACAUAGAAAACCACCCAGACUAGCAUUGCUGUCAGGUUGACUUUUGCUGAGCUAAAUACAGUCUCCUGUAGAAGGUCUGCAAAUGUUUUAGCAUCCUUAUUUCUCCUGUUACUUCACUGUAAACUAAUAACAUAUUUCAAACUUUAGACUAUGCAAUGCAGAGGUUCGUUGACCUUUAGAUGAGAAACACUGUAAUGCUUGAUCACUAACUAAAUGAAGCAAAUAAACAAAUGACUGUCUGAUUGAUGAUUAUCCUAAUAAAACCUAUAUGGCUGGUCAAAUUAAACCUGCUUUGGAAACUUU